CCAGGCCAGGCACUAGAUCCUACCCAGAAAAGGUAAGUGAUCCAGCUGCCUGUACCUUUGGUUUAGCUGGCUGUCUGUUUGUUUGGCAGGUGUGUGCUCUGAGAAGCUGGAAGUGAGCGCUGAGUGCUAAGUGACUGUUGAUUGCUGUGGGAUUGCUGACUGUGUGAUUGCUGCCUCGGCCUGAGUGAGCCCAGGCCCAGAAGGGUAUAAAAGGAGACCCCCCAGGUGACCAGAGAGCCUGUGACCAGGGAGCCAGUGAACAGGGACUGCCAAAGGGGAGCAGUUUGCAGGCAGCUCUCAGGCCAGUCAUGGGCAGGAGUACACGGGAGCUUCAGACAGGGACUUCAGGACAAGACUCCUGGUGGGGAAACUGCAUGGGAAUGCCCUGAAGCAGAUGCUGGUGAGUGGAGGACAGUCAUCUCAGGGGCCAGAACUCCCACCACAGAAACAGCUCCCCCGGUGCAGUUGGGGAACAAAUAUGAGACCCUGGCUGCACUGGAGAAGUGUGCAACGGGGGAAAGUGCACUGGAAGGGCCUGCCACUAUCACUGCACAAGCUGGGGGCUGGCCAGGUAAGCAGAAGAAGAGACACUGUGUCAUCAUUGUGAGUGACUCCUUGCUGAGAGGAACAGAGGGGCACCACAGUGCAUGAGGUCUGCUGCCUGCCUGGAACCAGGAUCAGGAAUGUCACGGCAAGAAUUCCUGACCUCAUCCGGCCCUCCGACAACUAUCCCAUGGUCCUCAUCCAUGUGGGAACAAAUGAUGUGGCCAGGAGUAGUCCAGACCAUAUCAUGAGUGUCUACAGGGCUCUGGGGACCAGGCUUAGGAAGACAGGGGCACAGGUGGUCUUCUUCUUGAUCCUCCUGGUCAACGGUCACAGUAGGCGUCACAUUACCUGUGUCAACGAAGUCAACCCACAGCUCUGGAGUUGGUGCCAUUGUGCGGGUUUUGGCUUCCUGGACCAUGAUCUGCACUUCCGUACAGGGGACCUUCUGCGAUGCAAUGGGCUUCAUCGCUCCACAAAAGAUGGCACAUUGGAUGAGGCAACAAGAAAAGACCUUUUUACAGACACCUUCUGUAAAGUGUGUGGAGCUGUGCUGCAAUUUGAGUCCCAAAGGAUUUCACACUAUGUGGGCAAAAAGCAUGCUCAGAAAGUUCGACUUUAUUUCCAAGUCCACGGUAAGCAAGAUGAGGGGCAAAAGGCUGGAAAACAGAAGAAGACAGAUUAUAUCAACUUUCAGAUGGAUGAAAGUGGAGUAGUGGAUAAAAACAAAUACUGCAGUCUCUGCAACAUGAUUUUUACUUCCCCAGUUGUUGCUCAGUCUCAUUACGUGGGAAAAAUCCAUGCCAAAAAGCUAAGGCAAUUAUCAGGAGACCAAGCUCAGAUGCUAGCGCAGAGCAUCCAGCCAGAAACUGCAAGUUCACCCACUGGUGCUUCCGCAUUGCCAGCACCCCAGCAGCCCUCAGCAGAGAAGUCCUCACAAGACAUAGAGACUGAAGAGUCUGCAUCAUCCUCCAGUAUGACUUUAGAUUUAAAUGAUCCAGACAAGUUUUGCAAGCUCUGUUCAGCUCCCUUCAAUAACCCACUGGUGGCCCAUCAGCACUAUGUUGGUAAGAAGCACAAAAGGAAUGAAUUGAGGAAGAAAAUGAUGAAGGACCUGGGGGAUGAAGCUGUUCCUGCAGAAUCCAGUGCAAAUGCAGUCGGGGUUGGUAACUACAUAUGUCCUAUAUGUAACAUCACCCUUACCUCUAUAGAAAUGUACCAGUCCCACAUGCAAGGAAAUAAACAUCAGAUUAAAGAAACCAUGGUUGUCAAUCUCAUAAAGAAUUCAAAGAAAACAUAUGACUCCUUUCAAGAUGAAUUAGCUGAUUACAUCAAAGUGCAGAAAGCAAGAGGCCUGGAACCAAAAACAUAUUUCAGAAAACCAGAGGAAGAUGAGUUUAAGACCAGUGAAUUUGAAGAAAAUAAUGACCAUGACGACACUGUACCUUUGGAUGCUAAGUUUGAACGAGACGAGUAUUGCAGCCCUUUUUCAGAAACGUGGACGUCAUCAUAUGCUGUUGAAAACAGACUGCCGUGCUGGUCGCCAGCUUAUCAGACUAGGCUAAGACUAGAAAACACACUUACAUGUCACUACAGUAAGGAUCGUUAUUUGGAAAUGACAUCAUCUCAGGUGACCGCCUACAGAGGUAACAGCUAUGGCCCAGAAUCAAAAGAAUCGGGUGACUGCUAUGACCACAUCUCUUCUGAUACAAGCACCAGCUCUCAUAAGAAAGAACAAAAGGUUCAGAGGAAACAAGACGAGGAGGAACACCACUUUGGAAAAGAAGUGAAACAUGAGAAAGAGCCCGCAAAGCAGAAGAGGAAGGAAAACAAUGAAGACCCUGAUUCUGGAAAGGAAAGUGAGAAGCAAAAGCGAAGGAAGGUUGAUACAGACUCAGCAAUUGAAAAGAAGUCAAAGCACAGUAAAGAUAAAAGACUUAAAGAAAUAGUCACUGAAAAGGAGAGCAGAAAACACAAAAAGGAUAAAAAGAAGCCCCAAAUUGAUGGCAAAACGGAUGAGGAGAUACUUUGGGAUGAGUCUAUCCUGGGAUACUGAGAGAUGUUUUGAUUAACAAUAAGAAGUCAUCUCACUUUGUAGUCUCUUAACCAUGGUGUACUAUAUUAUGAUUCAUUUUUUUAAAGAAAAAUAACCAAACUUUUUGGUUCCAGUCUUUGAAGUGAACGAGAGCCUAUCUUCUGAAACUAUCAGGUAGUAGAUAGGAAUCUGUUUUUACUAAUCUCACACACACAGCAGUUAUGCAACAGUCUGUAUGAACUUCAAAUCUAGGUCAGCAGUUUACAGCAUUCAUUUUGGAGUUCCAUCACCAUGUAUUGUUUCUUCCAAAUAAUAUUCGAAUACUAGAAGUAUUUUACUAGAAAUAAAGACACAGAGUAUGGAGGGCUUCUUUCAUUCUUCCAGCAUACCAAAGCUUGUAAAAUUAAAAAUAAGUACACAAUAUUCCCAACCAUUUCUGUAUGUGUUUCACUAAAGGAUUUUAAAGAAGACUGUAAGCCUAUUUAGGCUUUGGGUUCCAAUUCUUAUUUACUAUUGUUGUUUUUUCACCCAGCUCUGAGGGUGGAAAGUGAAAAGGUCUUUAUUAAACAUGCAGCUGAUUGUCAGAA